AUGGGCUUCCUCUACUCUCAAUUCUGCGUUCGACCUCCCUACCCCGAGCAGUCCUUCGCCAACCAAACUGUCCUCAUCACUGGUGCCAAUGUCGGACUGGGAUUUGAAGCGGCUCGUCAUGUGGUUCGCCUAGGUGCCUCCCGUGUCAUUCUCGCAGUGCGCAAUGUUCCCGCUGGCGAGGAAGCCAAACAGCAAAUCGAAACAUCCACUGGCCGUUCAGGCGUUUGUGAAGUCUGGGAGGUUGACCUAGCAUCCAAUCAGUCGGUGCUAGACUUUGGAGACCGUAUUGCCCAGCUGCCCCGACUAGAUGCUGCUCUACUGAAUGCCGGAGUAGCAACUCUCAACUACGCCAAGGCAGAGGGAUUAGAGCGUUCCAUCACUGUCAAUGUCGUCAAUACCUUACUUCUGUCAUUACUGGUCCUUCCUAUUCUCAAGCAGACAGGCAAGAAAGUACCAGGCAGCCAGCCCCGGCUCAGCUUUGUGGUUAGUGAAGUCCAUGCCUGGGUUUCGCUUCCCGAGUGGAAGGCCGACCAUAUCCUCGAGACCCUCUCCGAGGAAUCCAAGGCCAAAAUGAACGAGCGGUACCGAUUGUCCAAGCUCCUUGAGGUUCUCGUUGUGCAGGAGCUAGCUGGUCGGGUGCGAGGAUCAGAAGUGGUCAUCAAUAUGAUUAACCCAGGUCUCUGCCACUCCUCCUUGGGACGCGAGGCAGGUGGUGCAGCCCAGGUCAUCCGGCUAUUACUCGCACGAACAACCGAGAUUGGAUCACGCACCCUGGUGGCAGGGAUCACAGCCGGACUCGAGAGCCAUGGUGCCUAUAUGACCGACGGCCAUGUUGAGAACACUGCAUUGUCACCUUGGGUGCGCAGUGAUGAAGGGCGACAGGCCCGCAUUAAGCUGUGGAAGGAAGUCGCGAUGAUCCUCGAGGGAGUGCGUCCUGGCAUCAUGCAGAAUGCCGUCUGA